AUGGAUAUUGAUCACGUUCCCACCGACGCCAGGUCCAAGGAGGUUGUUCGUCUUUGGCGAGCAUGGAGGACUGUUCAUGAGAUGGUCGCGGACCGAGAAUACGAGCUCGCUGAAGAGGAAGUCAAGAUCUCUCUCGACCGCUUCCGCGACGAAUACUGCAACCCCGACGGUUCCAUUAACCGCGCCAAACUUCAAUUCUCGGCGCGUCCCAGCGAGAACAUGAUCCGCAAAAACACACCUCCCGUGACAGCAGCCAACCCCAAUCCCAACCCCGGCGCCGACUGCGGUCCUGUCUGGGUUGAGUUCCUAGCUGAUAAGACUUUCGGCGUCAACCAGAUCCGACAAUUUGCCAAAUAUGUGAUCACGAACAACUACAAGACUGGCAUCAUGGUAACACACGUUCCUCUCUCGCCCGCCGCCCGCAAGACUCUCCAGAGUGUCGAGUCCGUCGCUAAGAUCGAGUGCUUCCUUGAGGAUGAUCUUCUUGUCAACAUUACCCACCAUGAGCUUGUUCCUAAGCAUGUCUUGCUCUCCCGCGAGGAGAAGCUCGCUCUUCUCAAGCGCUAUCGCCUCAAGGAGACCCAACUACCACGUAUUUUGCAAAAGGACCCUGUCGCUCGUUACUUGGGUUUGAAGCGGGGCCAAGUCGUCAAGAUUAUCCGAAACAGUGAAACGGCUGGUCGUUAUGCCAGUUAUAGAUUGUGUGUAUAG